AUGCCUUGGGGAAAAUGCGAAUACCGAAGUGUCGAGAAGUAUACAUCUAGACACCUACACCCAACUAGUACCACACCUACACCCAUCUACGACCACACCUACACCCAUCUACGACCACACCUACACCCAUCUACGACCACACCUACACCCAUCUACGACCACACCUACACCCAUCUACGACCACACCUACACCCAUCUACGACCACACCUACACCCAUCUACGACCACACCUACACCCAUCUACGACCACACCUACACCCAUCUACUACCACACCUACACCCAUCUACUACCACACCUACACCCAUCUACGACCACACCUACACCCAUCUACGACCACACCUACACCCAUCUACGACCACACCUACACCCAUCUACUACCACCGCCGCCCCUCCAACACACACAAAUAGUCAUACGUACUUGCUAG